AACGUUCGUGCGUCGAGUGACGUCUUUGACACGCGACACACCCCACGGGGAACCACGCGCAUUUUCGGGACUAGGACACGGAGCCCUUGCAGUCCACUUUUAAAUCAGGUUUUCGGUCCUUCUAAAUUCGGGGUGAUGGGGGACCGGAGUCGGCUGUGCUCUGUGUGGCUGGGCUCGGAGACCGGGAUCCUGAAGGGGGUCAGUCUAUCCCGGAAACAGGCCUUCAACUUCUGCAAUUCAAGCCACCUGACCCGCGACCAGGAGGUCCGUGCGCUGUGCUGGGCUGACCCAGCGGAAAGCGAACUUCUGGUCGGCUCCGUGGACGGAACCGUGAAGACUUUCAGCAUCGAGAAGGGCGCCUUUACCGAGACCCGGCGCUGCGGGGACUCCGCAGAGGGCUGCUUCACCGGUCUGGCUGCGCUCAAUGGCUCCGCGCUAGUCACCUGCGUGGAGUGCGGGACGUUACGGGUUUGGAGAGGGGACAGCAGCGAGCCCGCGACCGAGUUGAAUGCGGGGAAGAAUGUAUGCAGGAUGCGGCAGAGCCCUGUACACACGCACAAAGUCGCCACCGGCGGAAAGGAGAACGGGCUGAAGAUCUGGGACCUGGAAAGACCCGAGAACCCCGUGUUUACCGCAAAAAACCUGCGCGACGACUGGCUGGAUCUACGACAGCCCCAUUGGGUCAAAGACAUGGCCUUCAUCCCGAAUUCUGACAAAGUGGUCACCUGCACAGGUUACCAUCAGGUCCACGUCUUCGACCCGUCCUCCCCUCAGAGGCGGCCUGUCCUGAAGGCCGAGUACGGCGAGUACCCGCUUACUGCUCUGUCUCUGGCCGCCGCCGGUAACACGGUGGUGGUGGGAAACACCCACGGUCACGUCGCCCUGCUGGACCUGAGGAAAGGUCUGGUCCGCGGCUGUCUGAAGGGCCUGGCGGGGGGCGUGCGGGCUCUGCAGUGUCACUCUUCCCAGCCCGUGGUAGCAUCCUGCGGCCUGGACCGCUUCCUCCGCAUCCACAGUCUGGAGGACCGCAAGCUGCAGCACAAAGUCUACCUGAAGUCCAGACUCAACUGUCUCCUGCUAUCCAGCCAGGGCCUGGAGGACGGAGGGGAGGACACUCAGGGGGAGGGGGCGACUCAGGAGGUGAAGGAGGAAGAUGAAGUGUGGGACACCAUGGAGCAGGUGGAGGAGGCAGUGGAGAGGGAGCCCAAGAGGAAAACGACAGAGGAGGAAGAUCAGCAGAAGAAGAGCAAAAAGAAGAGGAAGAAAGGACAAGACUGAGGGACGUUUGAGGCGUGUUCAGAGUGUGGGACAUGUGAACUCCAUGGGUCACAUCAUCAGGCAGGAAGAGGAAAGUUAAGAGCUGUAUCCCUUUGUUGAUCUGAGACUAAACUGACCUCUACACAUACAUUUACAGACUUUUUAAUACUCUGUCAUCAGUUAGAGCUUUGUUAAAAUAAUUUGUCAUUACUAUAAUUGUAUUAGUUUUACAGCUUUCACUUUGAUAAACCUGUAUAUUUGUAUGUUACCGGUUUAAUACACAUCAAAACAAAUGUAAAUUAAA